CUCCACUCUCUAAUAUUCCUCUAUCUAUAUAUCUAUAUAUAUAGCUUGUAUCUAUCUAAUUGUGGUCAUCAGUUGUUUGUCACUUCAGCCGUACACAAGAAAAAAAAAACAUGGGACUUAACGUUUAUGGACAUGUGAUCACCCCUGCAACACAACGUGUGUUGGCUUGCUUGUCCGAAAAAGAGCUCGAAUUUGAGCUCGUCCAACUUAACAUGGCUGCUGGAGAACACAACAAGGAGCCCUUCCUCUCUCUUAAUCCAUUUGGUGUUGUUCCAGCAAUGGAAGAUGGUGACCUCACGCUCUUUGAUUCAAGGGCAAUUGUGAAGUAUAUUGAACAAGCAUACAAAGACAAAAAACCACUGGCUUCCGAUGAUCCGAAGAAGAUGGGUCCGGUGUAUUCAUGGUUAGAAGCCGAAUCUCUACAAUUUGAUCCGGCGGCCAUAAUGCUCACAUUCCAUCUAUGUAUAGCGCCGAUGAUGGGCCUGCCGACCGACGAAGCCGUGGUGGAGGAGAAGGAGGCAAAAUUGGGUAAAGUUCUUGACGUGUACGAGGAUCGAUUGUCGGAAUCCAAGUACUUAGGUGGCGACAGCUUCACCAUGGUGGAUCUUUUCCAUUUGCCUAACGUCAAUUAUUUGAUGGGUACAAAGGUCAGGGCAUUGUUUGAAGCUCGUCCUCAUGUUAAAGCCUGGGUUGAUGAUAUCUUGGCCAGGCCAUCUUGGGCUAAGGUGGUCGCCAUGAUCAAAUCGCAAUCCUAAACUUUUACGAAAAUUUCAUGAGAUGCAAUAAAAUUUCAAAUCCGUGCAAUAAGAACCAAACCUCAGCCUCCGAACUCUAAAGUCCAUUUUUUGGCAAUUAUUUUGAUUUUGAAGAUUGGAUUGCCAAGAAAAUUGACAUUUUGGUAAAGAUUAAUACAGUAGUAGUACUUGAAUUUCCCGUAACGAUGCUGGCAUGAAGAUGGCCUUCUUAAUUUCCUAUUCCUCAACUGAUUCCUGCCUCCCGGUCUUGGUUCAACUUGAUCUCAAUUUGAUUCAUAUUGGCAAUUGAUUGAAAAGAACUGGC